AGCUUAUUGCGCGUAACUUAGCGUGACUCAGCGUGACUUGCGUGAGCGUCCAUAUGGAACGCAGUCAGUGUAUUAAAAAUCAGAUCCAUUCAUAUGUUUUAUCAAUUGAUAUAUAUUUUUAAAAUGUAUCAUAGAGCAUCAAAAGUAAUUCUUUAGAAGCAAUAACUUGGCAUAUAUUGAGGAGCAAAGGGCUAGUGAGCGCCUCAGAGGUCCUACUUCUACCUCCCCGUGAUUCUAGUUCCCCGGGUAACGCUAACAGGAGAGGACAAAGGGCGAGUUGCCGGCGCCCUAAAACUGGCACCCCUCGGCUAAGGUAUGGGAACCCCUACAGAAGAGUCCCCGGUCCUCCAGGUUGGAGGUUAUGCGAGAUGCUGACAACUUCUCCAUGUAAAAAGACUACCGUUACGAAUACUCCACAAAAGAAUGCCGGUUUGAUACUACGGAGACGACCUGGAUAAUGAAAGAAAGAUAAGUGUCGACUUAUGUUUGGGAGGGUGGAGAAGGACUUGAGGAUGAUGGGGGUUUGAUUUAUUUCUUAAAUUUAUUACAAUUUUAUCCAUUUAUCAUAACUAAUGUUUAAAAAAAAAGACACAACUUUUGUAAAAUGAUAGCUGUCAGGUCACUUGGUUGAGUGAGAUUAUACUAAUCUCGACGUUUAAUCUGAACUGCCUUGUAGUCCCCUAUUAACUUAAAUCUUAGAAAUAAUUAUAUACACAAUUAUUUACAGUUUCGCAUUGAAUGGAAACUGUGUUUACUAUGUUUAGUUCUAUUGUAAUAUAUGGCCAGAGAGGUGAAGUAAUUGGCACAUGUAAGUAUACAUCAUAGACUCCCUGGUUUAGUCAUGAUGUAUAUUUGUAUGUGAAGGAUUACGGGAAUCAAUCAAAGAUGAUGAAAGAUCAGCAUAAUAAACCAGCUUCCUCAGUCUUUAUUGACUAUUUGUAUUGGCAGUGUUAGGUUUUAGAUGUUAGCCGGUUGAUGGAUUACUGUCUCCCAAGGAGCCACAGUAUCAUGAAUAAUCUUAAUUAAUUUCAAGAUCAAUGGUGUGAUGCUGAUUUUCUCUGGAUUAUAGAUAAGAUGGAGAUGAAUGAAGGUGAUGGAUGGAUAUGUUUAGCCAAUCCUUAAUAAUAGGAAUUUAGCUAAUUGUUAGUUCUUAAUUUGAUAACGGUAUAUACACAUGAGGUUAAUUCCAAUCAGUUUUCUUAAAGAACUAAGGGAGCUUUUAUCAUUGGCCGGAUGACAAGAGCAGCAUUUGGAAAUAUACAUCGAAUGCUUCAGAGAAACCCACUGUGCAAAGGAUGCUUCAAAGGUACUCGGUGUGUAUCUCCAAACGCAGCAAAGGCAGGAACACAAGGCGAUCACAGAUGAAAACGUCUUCCUCACCAGUAUCGGUAACAGCUAUCCUGUCCCCAACCACAGUAUAUCUAUAACUAUACUGUGAUCCCAUUGGGAUCCGAAAGCUCAGUGUGUGCUUUCGACUUACAUAUGAACAGCACAGAAAACAAGUGCUUGCGAGAAUUGAAGCAUUUGUACCAUUAAUUUAAUUUUUCAAUCAUAUAAAGUCAAUAAAGUUGAAUUCAAUAAUAAAUUUUAAUUGUAAAAUUAAAACUAUGCAGUUUGUAUAACUUUUCACAAAAAAAUAUUACAUUAUUUAAUAUAACUUCUUUUAAUUAAUUUAAGUAAUUUUCAAGUACAAGGUGAUAACCAUCUAGUGGCCAAUAACCAAACUAAAAUGUGCGACACGUGCAAGCAACGUGCCCUAGAGCCCCCAGAAGGUUCCUCUCCUCUCUGACGUAGCAAAUUUGUACAUAUAUCAGAAUAUAAAAUAUCAAAAAACGACGAAUUAUUUCGACGAAGAGGGAUGGAGCUGAAUUCCGCGGAGAUAGAGGAUGAUCCCGUCGUGAAAGAGAUACCAGUAUUCCUUUCCAAGACGCUGGCGGAUAAACUAUUCAUCCUUCAAUAUCCUGCACACAAUAAAAAUGUUUGGGCCAAUAUUAAUGUUGCAAAGACUUUUAUUAAGCCCGAAAAUCAGAAGAUUCGUGUCGAACUUGCAAUGGAUACGACAAAUGAACUCUCUUAUGAUCCCAAAACAGGAGAGCGAUUGUCUCUAAAUACAGAUGAAAAAUCCACAGGAAAUGACGGCGAAAAUAUAUUUGAUAGUGGUCUGAUGGACAAGGUUGUGUUGACUUCAGAACGGGCAUUGUUGGACUCACAUUUAGCGGUUGGAAUCUUCCAGGAUGACGAACUACACAUCACGCCGUUGAAAACAGUGCUGCAUAUGAAGCUGCAGCACAAUUAUUUGGAUGAAAGCGAGAAGCAUGGCAAAGAUGGAACAAAAGGCAUGGGAGAAGAUGACAACGAGGAGGAAGAUAAUGCCACGCCGGUGAAUGUAACAUUUGCUAGGCGUCUGCCGGACAAUUUGAAAAAACUUCAAGAACAGUCAUUCCAGCAUUAUUCAAAAAAAAGCGAUGAAGAACCUUGGAUAUGUACAAAUUAUUAUUCAUCAAAUAAUUCUGACGACACACAAAUUGAGGUUUUGUCGACACGGAUGGCGAUGUUCUGCCCAUCAACAGAAGAAUCGGUAAACCUGAAUUUGACCCAAAAGAAUUAUCUGGAUCAAUUAGUACCACAGUCGCCUGAUAAGUGCUACUUGCAAGCCUCUUUGGAAAAGCAAAUAAGUCUUCAUUACAUCAAGACUUUACCUUUGAAAAAUCGAAUAAAGACAGUCAUGCAAAAAGUAAGGGUUAUAUCCUUUGCAAACUUAUGCAAAAUUCUAUUAUUGGAGCUUAAUGAGACAACAAUGAGAGAAGUACUCAAGUAUUUGCAAGACGUAGCUAUGUUAGUACAGGGUAAUUGGGUUGUGAAAAGUGAAGAGAUAUACAAGGAUAGUUCCGAGGAUAGCCCCAAAGAUGGUCUUUCCCCUCAGAACGGCGUCUCUGAUUUUAUGUGCAAAGCUCGUGAUUAUAUUUUAUCAUCGUUUACCAAUACUGAGCAACAGUAUCUCAAUCGCAGUACAAUCUUGUCCGUCAUCAAACUGACAUCGAAUGAAAUUAAUCAGAUUUUUAUGGAACUUUUAACAUUUGAACCAGAGAAAGGUUGGCGGUUAAAAGAGCCAUUCGACUCGAACUUCUGCAAUAGUCAUCGCGACAUUGUCGAGCGGCAAAAAAUACUCUGGAAAGCGAAGAGGGAACAUCUGCUUGAAACGAUGGAAGCACAGAAUCAGUCAUUGCAGCGUCAACGCAGAAAGUCGAACCGGGAGUCGCUAAGUUCGGAAAACGAAGAGAAAAAUGUCGGUCGUGGUCGAAAAUCAAUAAAGGAAUCGUCUCCGUUAGAUAAUAACGGCACAAUAAUCGAGCAGGCUAAACAGAAUUAUCGUUCCAGGAAAAUAUCGGAGACUACUACGUGACAAAAACUAAUGUAUUGAGUGUAAACUUUCUUUUUUACCCGUCUGUUUGGCCAUCAUUUUGUUAUCUGUGAAUCGCUAUCUCGAUAGGUUUACAUUGUAUAAUAGGUUCAUAAAUUGAUAAAAAUUUCGCAAUAAUUACGCUAAGCUAAUAUGCCAUAAGCAGUUUUAUCGGAAUAAAAUUUUUGAAUAAUAUUUGUCAAUUACGCAAAU